UUUCACUUUAAUAGUGAAGAGUAUAAAGGGACUUGGCAACUGAACUUGUCAGUCCGGUUUACCGUGGGCGGAGAAUGCUACAAAUAGAAAGUAAAAACAGUUUGACUUGGUGUUUAGAGGUCAGUGUAGUCAAAGACAUGACAUGAAGAACACAUUGGACGCCAUUAGAAAAUAUCUGUCAUUAGUUUUUCAGAAAACAUGGAGAAAGCUACAGCUGUCAGAGAGCUGAAUGCAGUUCUUGUGGGAUCAAGAAGCGCCCAGAAAUAUUAUGCUGGAAACAUGAUCCUGGGAAAAGAGAUGUUUGAUCCUGGAGAAGAAACAUGUUGUUGUGAGAGGGGAGAGGCGGAAGUAUGCGGGAGAAGAGUCUCAUUGAUCAAAGCCCCUGGUUGGCUGCGAGGAUACUGCCUCUGUGAUACAUCAGAACUUUACAAGACAGAAGCGAUUCUCAGUGUCACUAUGUGUCCACCACAGAUACAUGGUUUUAUCCUGGUGAUAAAUGCAGAAAUGCUAUUCAAAGAUAAUUACAAGAAGGCAACCCUGGAGCACAUGCAGCAUUUCUUUGGUGAGACAGUGUGGGAUCACACCAUAGUGGUCGUCAUCCACAGAGGCCACCUGGGCAAGACCAUUGAGCAAUACAUCAAGGGUGAAGGUGCACCACUGCAGUCACUUCUGGAGGCAUGUGGAAACAGAUAUCACAGUCUUUGUGAUGAAGGCAAAGACAAUGACAUGAUGGUCAAGGAGCUGUUUGAGAAGAUUGACGCCAUGGUGGCAGCAAAUAGCUACUAUGAAAUUGACAGUACGCUAGUCCAAAGUGCUGAGGCGAGGAGGACCGAAGUGAACAAAAAAGCAGAGGACCGGCGUCUGCAGUCACAUCAACAAAGGGAAACACUCAAAGCACUUCUGAGAGAACCAAAACCCAGCCUGAGAAUCCUGAUGGUGGGGUGGGUGUUUUCUGGGAAGAGUGCUGCAGGAAAUAUUAUCAUGAGAUCAGAUGUGUUUCGUUCUGGGGAAAGGACAGUGAAAGCUUUAAAUCAACAUUGUGAGGUGGCUGGAAGAGAUGUUGUCAUUGUGGACACGCCAGGUUGGUGGAAGUUUUUCCCACCUGCGUUUAAUCCUCCAUCUUUGAAGUCUGAGAUUUUAGAAGGAGUGUCUCUCUGCUCUCCAUCACCAAAUGUCAUUUUGUUGGCAGUAACACUUGACACAUCAUUUACAGAGGAACAAAGAAGAAUCACAGAAAGCAACAUGAGGCUACUUGGUCAGGGAGUGUGGAGACAUGUGAUUGUGCUGUUUACAUUGGGGGACACUUUGGGGAACAAAACUGUCGAGCAGUACAUUGAAAGUGAAGGAAAGCCUCUCCAGUGGCUUAUUGAGAAAUGUGGAAACCGGUAUCAUGUGUUUAACAAGAAGAGAGAAGAUGAUGAUGAUCAGGUGAUCAAACUGCUGGAGAAGAUGGAGGAGAUGGUGGCAGGAAACUACUUUUUUUACCUCAGUGCUUACCCAGAGGAUCCACAACCUGAGCAAGAAAGAAGUGACGAAUUAAGUGAAACCAGAGACGAGAACACAACCAAGGAGGUCACAGAGCAACUUACCAUCGAAUGGGAUCGGAGGAACUGGGAGAAACAUCACAUCCUCAAAGGAAACAACAGCAUGGACUCACCACCGAACAUGAGUGAAAGUAUGAAGUCUGGGAAUUCAGAAAAAGAUGAUAAAGAAAUGAAUUACCAAUAUGAAGAUGACGAGUUCCAGAAAAGAGCGACUGAAGAUGAAGUAGGAGCGAACAAUGAGAACCCAUAUAUGAGACUAUUAGAGAGAGAAUGGAGCAGACGAGAAGCAGUGAUGGAACAGGCAGGAUGGACACAUUUCUUCUCUGCAGAAAAAUCCGAGCCAGAUGUUGAUCAAGUGCUGGAAUCAAGAGCAAAGGUGUCUGCAUGGUUGAAACAAUUAGAUUCAGGCUGUGGAGGUACGAUUUCCAGUGUGGGGCCAGAGGAAGAAGCAGCUCAGCAACACUGACAUUUUGCAAAGUACUCAUUUAGGGCAAUCCCAGACAUUUAUCAUUAAAAAUGUGUAUAUACAUAGUUUAUAUGUUUAAAAUUAAAAUUAUUAAAAUAAUUUAUCGUGAAUUAUCAAUGUAACUUAAUAUAUGUAUCUACUCUAAAGGACUUUAAGCUUUUAAGACAUCUUAACAGAAAGAAAGUUACUUUAAUACAAUUUUUAAACUUUUUAAAACUUUUUUUAAGUUAUAUUUUUGUUUCAGGUUAAGUGCUGAAAUAAUAACCUUGUUUUAGAGAACAUUUUAUUGAUUUAAACAAACAUUAUUAUCUGCCAAUUUAUUUCCUUGUGAAUCUGUGGUGUGUGUUGAGGUGGUGGACGAUGUGAUGUGCACAAUUGUUGAAUACUAGGAAGUGAGAUCUCCAAGAACUAAUGUGUAUAAUGUUGUUGCAUUUACAGAGAUAAACACACAUUCUCCAAACCUAAAAAUAAUCAUGCAAAUAAUAAAAUGCCGUUAUACUGACAGAAUGAUAUGGUGAUGGUUUUCAGGUGUAGAGUCUAGUUUUCUGAAUUCAUACUUAAAGAAAAAUUCUUUAAGAAAAUUCUUUAAAAUUAUUUGUGAAGACUACCGCUCAGCGCCAAGGAGGCUACUUUUACUGUAAUAAAUAAAUGGAGUCAAGCUAGAUAAUAACAAUGGGAAAUUUAAGUAUGAAUUUCCUACAAAAUGAGUGACAAAAUAUGUGCAAGGCUUCGGCAGAUCACAAAAAUACUACAUACAGCUAUGGAUGCUGUUGGUAGGUUUUAGUACGUUUCGUUAAUUAUCAAUUUGUGAAAAGACAAGUAGAUAAACUUCUAUAUUCCUGCUGACAAAACAAGUCUUGGACAAGAAAAACAUUUCUGUGACCCACUGAUGAUCAGCAAUUUAUACUUUUUUUUAUUUUUAAGAUUGUUUUAAGACUGUUUUCUUUGUAUUAUCAUUCUGUUUAUUUGCUCAUACUAUACAUAUCAUUUGCAUGUUUCAGAAUAAAUCACUAAAUCAGAAAAUCAGAAAUGUUAGAUUCUAAUGUAAUGAAGUAGGUCUUUUGAAAUCCAUGUAACGUCAAAAUGGAUGUAAAUGUGUGUGUAACCGAAACUACUUUAGUUUUGUUGCAAUAAAGCUCUAAAUUCUCA